ACUGCAGUUCCGUUUGAGCCCCUCAUGUGACAGAAGAACAUGUAGCAAACGUCGCAGGUCAAAAUGUCUCGAGGUGGAUCUUUUCGGGGUGGCAGAGGAGCCAGCUUUGCUCAGAUCCUCAGGAAGAAUAUUUCUGCUCCGCCGGGGUCGACGAUGUCUGCUCCGCCAGGGUCGACGAUGUCUCCGGUGGCAUCCAUGCAUCUGGUUUCUUCAGAUGGCCGCGACCCCGCAGUUGCCGGUUCAUGCAAAACUGGUGCACAUCCCAGGCCUAGCGGUUUGCCUCAGACACUGAUAGAGAGGUACAAGAAUGGAGAGACGCACGCAGUGUCAGCCCUAUAUCAGCUUUCACAGGUCUUGCAGUUCCAGCUGGAGUUAAAAGAAACUACUGGCAACGUUGCAGGCUUUUACUUUGCUUUCUGUGCUGUGAUUGACGGGGUGAAGUACAAGACUGGGAUGGGGAACACCAAGAAACAGGCAAGGGCCAUAGCUGCCCAGCUAGCUCUGGAGGAUCUCAUUCCAACUCUUUCAGGCAAGUCUCUGCUUCCAGAACAAUCAAGUUGCCCUCCUCCUUUGCAAGUUAAAGAAGGUAUUUUCUCAGAGUCAGAGGGUCAUCCUGGCAGAGCCGUUUAUGAGUGUAAGAACCCGGUGAACGAGCAGAUCCCACAGGCUGUGAGAGAGCUGCUCAGCAAGUUGUUAGAGAACCACCCAGAGUUCUCUAGCUGUGAAACCACUGUGGCGGCGUUCAUCGCCCAGUCGCCCAGCGGGUGUGAAGUGGUCGCUAUGGGCACAGGAAACGUCAACAGCAAGGAAAGUGCAACGCCAAACGGCCGCGUCCUCCACGACUCCCACGCCGUCGUGACGGCCCGGAGGUCCCUGAUGCGGUAUCUGUACAGGCACCUGUUGUUGUUCCACAGUAGGAAUCGUAACCUGGAGGAAAAGUCCAUCUUCCAGCAGGAAGAAGGCACCCAGCUGCUCAGCUUGAAGACUAACUUCACCCUGCACUUGUAUCUCAGCCAGCUGCCCAAAGGAGCUGCCCAGAUCCCUUCCAGUCUGCGACUGAACCCCCACUCCAUCUCAGCGUGGGAGGUGAACAACCAGAUGAGCCUGCAUGUGACGGUGGAGGGCAAGGUCUUCUCCGUCUUCUCCUCCACCUUCGCCCAGGCGGCCUCCAAGCUGGUCAGCAUGUCGGCCAGCGACAAGGUGACCCAGUGGCAGGUGCUGGGCUACCAGGGGGCUCUGCUCAGCCACUUCAUAGAGCCUGUCUAUGUCAGCAGAAUCCUCAUCGGUGACCCGAGCUGCAGUGAGGUGCGGGGGAUGGAGAUCGCCGUGAACCAGCGUGUGGACGGUGUGAUGGAGCACCUGCCUAUGUACUACUGCAUGCACCAGCCUCACAUCAGCCUGGCCCCCAGUGUGGCCCCGGGGGGCCCCUCCGGCCCCCAGCCCAGCCUCUGCCUUAACUGGAGCCAGGGGGACGUAUCCCUGGAGGUGGUGGACGGCCUGCAGGGACAGACGGUGCAGGAGUCACCUUUCAAGAGCAGCCCUGCCCUGGCCAGCCGCCUGUGCAAAGCCGCCAUGCUGAGUCGCUUCAAUCUGGUUGCCAAGGAGACCCAGAGGGAGGACUUGCGGGCUGCGAUCUCCUACAGACAGGCCAAGAUGAUGGCCACAUCGUACCAGGAGGCUAAAAGUGUGCUGAAGUCUUACCUGGCACAGCGAGGGUACGGCUCCUGGGUGGCCAAACCUCCCAUUAGUGACCACUUCAAGAUGUGAACACACCACCGCUAAUCAAAACUGAUACGAUAGGAGCUCAGAUUCAUGUUUCAGUUCUGAAGUUCAUCAGAAAAGGGUGUCUUAGUUUUUCACGAGGAUAUGUUUACCAGUUGGCUGCUUCCUUAGUUUUAGUUUAUGGUUGACCAAUUAGGUUUGCUCUAGAUGUGUUGGUACUUCACCUUAAGUUGUUUUUGUACAGAAUUGAAUUGAAAUAAAUCCAAAUGUUUUUCCCCCCUUCUAAAGAGUGUUUUGAAAAUC